AUGCCUUUUGAUGCUGCUACUGCUGACCCGUCUGCUGGAGCAAAACUUUUCAAAACUCGAUGCGCUCAAUGCCAUACAUUAGAGAAAGGAGGUGCAAAUAAAGUUGGGCCAAAUUUGCACGGUUUAUUUGGUCGUAAAUCAGGUACCGUGUCCGGAUUCCAAUAUACAGCUGCAAAUCAGCAGAAAGGGGUGACGUGGAGUGAAGAGACGUUAUUUGAUUACCUUGAAAAUCCGAAAAAAUAUAUUCCCGGCACUAAAAUGGCAUUUGCAGGAUUCAAGAAAGAAAAAGACCGAAAUGAUACUAUUGCUUAUUUGAAAUCAGCAACCGCCUAG